CCUCGUUUGGAAACCGACGCAUGGACGCUGGCGACGAGGUCGGGGUCCCGGUCGUCCCCCUCGACGACCUGCCCAAGCCACCAGCGACGACCACGUCGAUCGUAUCGCUCCUGCGCGCGGAGAAGGCGAUCGUGGCAGAGAUCAAGGCCGAGCUCCAGAGCAUUGAAGCCUUCCUCGAUGCGCCCAAGGUGGCGCCGGUAGCAACCAAGCCGCAGCUGAGCCCAUCCUCCAAGCAGCGCUGGCGGGCCACCGUACGCCAGAUCGUCUUUAUGGAGAAGACCAAGGGAAAGGUGCAGCAGGCGCAUGGCGCCGAGAGCAUCGAGCGACUCCAACAUUCGUCGUCCAUGUCCUUGCUCUGCUGCCUGCCGCAGCUCGCGCGCUUGGACGCUGACGAGCUCCACGAAGUGAACGCAGCUGCGCGCCUCGUGACGUACGCGCCGCGGGCCGUCGUCUUCUCGAGCGCGUCGGCUAUUGACGUCAUCUUUAUCGUGCGCACCGGCGUCCUCGAAGCUCGAGUCGCGUCCAGCCCCGCAGCCAACGACCUCCUUGCCGACCGGCUGCAGUACGUCAGCGGCGACAUGCUUGACCCGUACGAGAUGCUCGCGUCCAGCCCGACCUUGUCCAUCGUGGCCGUCCUCGCCGCCGACUGCUACGUGCUCCCUCGCAUGGCCCUUUUCCAGUAUGAGGACAAGCUACCCAAGGCGACCUUGUCUGCGAACCUGCACAACAUUCGCUACGGUGACAUGGAGAGCGAGAGCUUCCGGAAAUGGGCCCACGAGAUGGCGGGCUGCUUGCACUACGAGUCUACGUCGUCGAGCAGCCGCAUGUCGCCGCAAGCCUUCAUCCGCGAGAUCCUCCUCUCGGUCUCCCCCGAGCUCGACGUCGACCACUGCAUUCGGUGCAUGGCACAGAUCUUUCUCAAGCUGUUUGAGGCAAGCACCGUGCGUUUCUACCUCGCAAACGUGGCCAACACGCAGUUCCAAACCAAGUUUGCCAGCGACGAAGUGUUCCAGGAGCUCCAGACGCCCGUCAACUUUGGCGUGCCGGGCGUCGUGCAUGCAAGUGGCAAAGCUUUCCUCGGGCGUUGCGACGACCUCGCCGCCAUUGCCCACGACCCCGUCAUGUACGCGUCCACCGGCUCCAUCAUGGCCGUGCCGGUCGCCCAUGCCAGCCACGUUGUCGGUGUCUGGGAAGUCCUCAACACUCAAUCCCGUCCGCCGUAUACGAUCCACGAACUCGAGCUUCUCGAACUUGCCGCGCAGUUUACCCAACCGUACUUGCUCCAGAUCGGCACCAAGACACGGCACCUCGGGUCCGUUUCGCAGGUUGCCAACGACUUGGCCAUCAAGCCAGGUACGAUCCGGCUCGCAACCAAAGCCAACCGCAUUCAGGUGCGCCUCGAGCUCGUUCAUGGCGAAGCGUCGCUGACGCCACCGGUGACGUCGGCGUGGAUCAAAGCCACGUCCUUGGCAAGUGUCAAGACGUUCGAGUGUCUCGAGACGCUAGUGCUUCCGUGCAACGUGCAGUCGCUGCCGCGCGCCGCCCACCUCUGCGUCGCGAUCCUAGGGCCGCAAAAGAAGGUGCUUCGCCAAGCUGCAUGCUACCUCUUCUCGUUCGACCAUUUCCUGCGCGUGGGCACGCUACGACUAAGCCUUCACGCGCGCGUGACCUUGCCGAUCGAGUUUAGCGCGUGCCUUCAGUCGACCGACCACGACGAUGGCCUUGGCGAGUGCAUUUACCUCGACACGCCGCCGUCGUCGGUCUUGCUCACGUACCGCAGUGCCGAGAUGGCAUGGGCGCGGCCAACAUCGGUGGUUCCCAUGACCCUGGACGCAAAACAAAAGCAAAUGCUCGGAACGUUCGAGGCCAACCCGAUGCAGCCGCUCUCGACGGACGACCGGCGUUUCUUUUGGAGCUACCGGUCGGUGCUCGUGACGACGUCGUCGGCGCUCAUGCCGUUCUUGCUCUCGGUCAACUGGGCCAACCGGGGGCACGUGACAGAAGCGUACAAGUACUUGUACCUCUGGACGCCGCCCACCGCGCUGCAGGCGCUGCAACUGCUCAGUCCAAAGUUUGCCGAUCCGUUUGUACGAGCGUACGCCGUGCGGUGUCUGGACUCACUACCCGACUACCGCCUCCGACUGUACUUGCUGCAGCUCGUACAAGCGCUCAAGUGCGAGCCGCAUCAUGACUCGGCGCUCAUGCGCUUUCUCCUCGUGCGCGCCCUCAAGUCGCCGUCUGAGGUGGGCUACGCGCUCUUUUGGCUGCUACAAGCCGAGCUCCACGUGCCAAUCAUCCAAGACCGAUUUGCGCUCUUGCGCACCCAGUACCUCUGUCACUCGGGCGUCUUUCGCGUCGAGCUGUACCAGUCCAUGUACGUCAUGCGUCUUCUGGAGCGACUCGCGACCGCGGUCAAAGCUGCGUCGUCCGCGACGCGCGACGGUGUCUUGCGCGCCGGUCUCGAAGAGGCCAUUUUGCCCGACUGCUUUCAGCUGCCGUUGCAUCCGAACGUGUUUUACUCGGCGUUUGUCCCGGGCCAGUGCCGCACCAUGGACUCGGCCAAGAAACCGCUCUUUCUCCACUUGACGCCGACCAAGCAACUCGGGUUGACAUCGACCAUCUUCAAGUCGGGCGACGAUUUGCGCCAAGACCAGCUCACGCUCCAGCUUUUGCGGGUCAUGGACGAUCUCUGGCAGGCCAACGACCUCCACUUGCAACUCUCCGCGUACGCGUGUGUGUCGUCGGGCGACAACAUUGGUUUCAUUCAAGUCGUGCACCACGCGUCGACGCUCGCGGCCAUUUGCCGCGACCGCCACAAGCACAAGAAGACGGGUCGCAAGCUCGCGGCGGUCAAAACCGCGCUCUUUGGGAAGCGCGUGUAUGCCCAAUGGCUCCACGACCAGCGCGACGCAACUUCCGAUGACGUCGCCCGCAACUUUGCGCUCUCGUGCGCUGGGUACUGCGUCGCGACGUACGUGCUCGGCGUCGGUGACCGGCACAACGACAACUUGAUGCUGACGGCGUCCGGGCAGUUUUUACACAUUGAUUUUGGCCACUUUCUCGGGCAUUUCAAAACGUACAUGGGGUAUGCGCGGGAGCGCGCACCGUUCGUCUUGACGCAUGCGAUGGUGACCGUCAUGGGCGACCAGUUUCCGCUCUUCCAGAAGACGUGCGUCGCGGCGUUCCUCGUCCUCCGCGCGCACUCGUCCUUCUUGAUUUCGCUCCUCGAGCUCGCACUGAGUGCAGCCAUUCCCGAGCUCGACCGCGACUCGAUCGCGUGGCUUCAAAACGCCCUUUUGCUCGAGCUCUCGGACGGCGACGCGCAAAUUCGCCUCGAGGCCCUCAUCCAAGAGGCGCUUGCGACCGUGACGACGCGCAUCAACCACGCCACGCACCUCCUCGCGCACUGAGAUACCACGACUCCCAAGUGCUUUGUAGCGAGAAAGGGUUGUAGCAUGACGGAUCCGUGUCAGAAGAUACGUGUACGAUGUGCAAAGUAUCGCUGCCUUGUGAUGACGGUGC